GCUGAUGCGGGGCGCGCGCUUUGCGCCGUUCAUUCCCUCAGGCGGCGGCCAUGGCGGCGGGAGGAGGCUUAGACCGCGUCCCAGACGUCGACAUCGACCCUGACGGCGUCUUCAAGUACGUCCUGAUUCGCGUCACGCCGGAGGGGGCGGGGCCUUCCAAAGACGUCGUGCGCGGAUACGCUUGGGCCGAGUAUCACGCUGACAUCUUUGAGCGCGUGGCGGAGGAGCUGGAGAGGCUGGGCCUGCGCUGCCAGUGCCUGGGAGGCGGACGCAUCGACCACCAGAGCGGCGCCAAGAAGAUCCGCGUCUAUGGCUACUCCGUGGGUUUCGGCCGAGCCAAACACUCCGUUUCCACAGAGAAGCUGAAGGCCGCUUUCCCGGACUACCAGGUCAGCUGGUCCGACGAAGGCUACUGACUGCUGUCCUGGAGAGGAGGAGGAGCAGGAGGAGGUCUCCCCGCUGGACCGGACCAGACCGGGCUGCAGCCCUGGACACCCUGAGACUGGACAGUGGGGUUUGGUUCCCAUUUGGGAAGGGCAGUGGGGCAGAGGAGGGUGCCUCUCAGUCCUUGCCCUGGAGAAAUAAAUCCGCCUCUGGCACCGA